CUGCCCUGAAUUCCGCUCCCGUAGGUCCCUGACCCCUGACACCAGCGCCGGUUUGGCUACUAUUUUCGUACUUGAGGCACAGUAUUUUUUGUAUCUGGUUUCUGUACUUUCAUAAAAUGCUCAUGCUGCAACCGUUAAGCGAGUUUUACAUAAUCUGGUAAGAAACACGUAAGGAAGGACACGUGGCUAGUUAAACUAAAGAAAGCCAGACACUUCGGAACUUGUGUCUCUGGAAUGUGACGCAUCUUCAAAGACUCUUUAAUACCGGAAAGGGACCAUUGGCAAAUCUGUGUAGCCAAAGGUGAAAACAACCCGAGUGGCUGAUCUGACAGAUGGCUCACAGAAGGUGGCACAUCCCUGCCAAGGACUAUCAGCCACAGAGAGGCAUGAAUUACAGUCCUGUGUCACAGAGAGCUGUUUCAGGUCAUGGUGGGGGUUCAGUAUACAGCUUCAAGGUCCAGAUUGUUCCAGCCAUCACACAGUGAUGCAGGAAUCACUGAAGCAGCAUUUCUCAGAACCACAUAUGCCUGCUGUUGCCAUGUAGCAGUGCUGCUGCAUGCUAUGAUGAAGAUCUCCCAAGUAUGCAAGGAAAUAAGUUGAGGUUCAGAGAAAUCCGCUGCCGAGAGCACUCAGGCCUUCCAGCUCCGCUCCAGCCCCAGCCUCUGUCAGCGCCACCACCACCACCACUGAGUGUCCAGGGCGCGGCGAGCCAGGGCGAUGCCGGACCCCGCGGCGCACCUGCCCUUCUUCUACGGCAGCAUCUCACGCGCCGAGGCCGAGGACCAUCUGAAGCUGGCGGGCAUGGCCGACGGGCUCUUCCUGCUGCGCCAGUGCCUGCGCUCGCUCGGCGGCUACGUGCUCUCGCUGGUGCACGACGUGCGCUUCCACCACUUCCCCAUCGAGCGGCAGCUGAACGGCACCUACGCCAUCGCCGGCGGGAAGGCGCACUGCGGCCCUGCCGAGCUCUGCGAGUUCUACUCCCGCGACCCCGACGGGCUGCCCUGCAACCUGCGCAAGCCCUGCAACCGGCCGCCGGGGCUCGAGCCGCAGCCCGGCGUCUUCGACAGCCUGCGCGAAGCCAUGGUGCGCGACUACGUGCGCCAGACGUGGAAGCUGGAGGGCGAUGCUCUGGAGCAGGCCAUCAUCAGCCAGGCCCCGCAGGUGGAGAAGCUAAUCGCCACCACCGCUCACGAGCGCAUGCCCUGGUACCACAGCAGCCUAACGCGGGAGGAGGCCGAGCGCAAACUUUACUCUGGCUCGCAGACCGACGGCAAGUUCCUGCUGAGACCCCGGAAGGAACAGGGCACUUACGCGUUGUCCCUAAUCUAUGGAAAGACUGUGUACCACUACCUCAUCAGCCAGGACAAGGCAGGCAAAUACUGCAUCCCUGAGGGCACCAAGUUUGACACUCUCUGGCAGCUGGUGGAGUACCUGAAGCUGAAGGCUGAUGGGCUCAUCUUCUGCCUGCGAGAGCCGUGCCCCAAUGCCAGCGCUAGCGCCAGCACAGGGGCUGCAGCUCCCACUCUCCCAGCUCACCCUUCCACCUUCACCCAUAGGCGGGUUGACACACUCAACUCAGAUGGAUACACUCCUGAGCCAGCACGCCUUGCAUCCCCGGAGAAACCGAGGCCAAUGCCCAUGGACACAAGCGUGUAUGAGAGCCCCUACAGCGACCCCGAGGAGCUCAAGAACAAGAAGCUCUUCCUGAAGCGUGACAACCUCAUCAUGGCUGACAUCGAACUUGGCAGCGGCAACUUUGGCUCUGUGCGUCAGGGCGUCUACCGCAUGCGCAAGAAGCAGAUCGAUGUGGCCAUCAAGGUGUUGAAACAUGGCACAGAGAAGGCGAAUAAGGAUGACAUGAUGCGUGAGGCACAGAUCAUGCACCAGCUGGACAAUCCCUACAUCGUGCGGCUCAUCGGCCUAUGCCAGGCUGAGGCACUCAUGCUGGUCAUGGAGAUGGCGAGCAGUGGGCCCCUGCACAAGUUCCUCCUGGGGAAGAAGGAGGAGAUUCCAAUCAGCAAUGUGGCAGAGCUGCUGCACCAAGUGUCCAUGGGGAUGAAGUACCUGGAGGAGAAGAACUUUGUGCACCGAGACCUAGCAGCGCGCAACGUCCUUCUAGUGAACCGGCACUACGCCAAGAUCAGCGACUUUGGGCUCUCUAAGGCCCUGGGUGCCGACGACAGUUACUACACAGCCCGCUCAGCGGGCAAGUGGCCGCUCAAGUGGUAUGCACCGGAGUGUAUCAACUUCCGCAAGUUCUCCAGCCGUAGUGACGUGUGGAGCUAUGGAGUCACCAUGUGGGAAGCCUUUUCCUAUGGCCAGAAACCCUACAAGAAGAUGAAGGGGCCGGAGGUCAUGGCUUUCAUUGAGCAGGGCAAUAGGAUGGAGUGCCCACCGGGCUGCCCACCGGAAGUGUACAAACUCAUGAAUGACUGCUGGAUCUACAAGUGGGAGGAGCGCCCAGACUUUCUGACCGUGGAGCAGCGCAUGCGCACCCACUACUACAGCCUGGCGAGCAAGGCCGAGAACCCUGGUGGAGAUGAGAAGGGAGCCGGGGUGGCAGCAGCCACCUGACUUCCGGUCUGUCCUAUAUCCUGCCCUCGUGAGCCUCCUGCUGUGCCAGGGCCUCCAGGUUGGUGGGCCGGCCCAGCUUGGUCCCUGCAACCUCAGACCACACCCGCCUGGCUCUCCUUCGCUUUUGCCUCCUUUGAGCUAAGGGUAGAGGGCCCCUGGGCGGGGCCAGGGCUGGUCCUGCGUUGAGGGGCGUUGCUUUUCACAAGAUCUCUCUGCC